UGCGGCUGCCACAAAAGAGCAAAAAAGUUUUCCUGAACUGUUGUGUUGUGGCAUUUGGAGGAAAGCACGCGGACAUUGAAAGCAACCUCGCUGAGGCUAAACCCAGCUACAGCAGGAUUAGUGCAUUAGUAAUGCAUACCUUAGAAAUCUUUACACUUGACAAGUUCAACAUAGGUUAAGAAAGGCAGUUAGCAAAUCGUGAAGAAAAUGCCAAAGUAACAUUUUAUAUUCAGUGAAUGGACACGAGGUCCCUGUAAUAAACAGACUAAAAGAAGACAUACAUGUAUUUGGUGGAGGAACUAAGUGGCGGAUUCAAACAGUUGGAGAUAUAAACGAUUUACACAGUGAUGCGCAGUAUGCGGCGUCUGCAGAACGAACUACAGUAUUUUGCUUGUCUUUGAAAGUUGGUUGAAGUACAAUAUCACUUCUUUCUGCACUGAAUCGAAAUGGUCAGACUGGUAAAACUUUGCAAGCACAUGUUUUUCAAGGAAGUGCCUUUCCAAAAUAAACAGCCCAGACCGCAAUAACUCUGUUUUUUGGAUCCCUGCCAAAAGCCAUCCAGCAGCAAGAGGAGGCUGUGAGUUACCGCGAUGUGCCUAAACAUAAGGCUGCAAGACUGUGUUUGAAGAUGUGUUGCAAGAGGAGACCUGUGAUUGCCAUCAGCUUCCUCUUUGUUCUGUCUGUGAUGAUGAUAAAUAGCUUUCCGUCCUUCCCUCCUGCCCACUACAGUCUGCAGGAGUUGGAGCCACGUGAAGACUCCAUCAGGCACAGGGGAAGCAAGAGGAAACAACCUGUCAUCACUUCCAUCCAUGGAGACUGGACACUUGGUAUGAGGGAAGAGCCGAUAAAGUACUUUAUUGACGAGAAGCUUGAGCACAAGCCAAGGAACGAUCAGAGGGCUCAUCCCAGAGGGCUUUUGAGGAACACACAUACCUCAAAAGCAAAAAGGAAAACUCAGGUAUAUAUUUCAAAGGCCAGAGAAGAAAGGCACCUCCAUCUCUCUGCACUGGAUGCAGGGGGCAUACCCAGUAACCCCCAAUUACAAAGGAAGGAAGGUGACAGGAAGGACAUAGUGUCCAUUCAGACACCUCCAGUUGGUGGGGACUUGCAAAGUUCAUUGAAGUUUAAACUAAUAUUCACUGCAAAGAACAAGACUAACAUUGGAGAGUUGUUACAGCACAAAUACAAACCAGAUGAGCAGGGCAUCACUGGUGGUGCAGAGACGUUCAUAGUCCCUCUGGUGGCUGGAGGAAAGCUGUCUGCUAAAGAUAUUAGAAAACAUGAAAGAGAACCCAGACCUUCAACAUCUUUGGAUAGGAAGAGGCUCCCUUUGCUAGGUCAGUGGAAGGAUGGAUCCAGAGCUGCGUCAGAGGCUGCUAGACAAACAAAGUUUGCUUUGUGUGGAAAGCUUGCAGAAGACCCAUUCCCACAAGAUCUGAAAGGGAGUGUCAGGUUUGGAGAACAGCCACCCCCGUGGUUCAGUCCAGAAGAUGUAAGAAAGAUGAAGCUGCUUGCUGACGGUGUGGUUAUCAGUAAAGCAAGGGUGCCAUCUCAUGGACAAGUAAUGAAGGUGGGCCUUAGACAGGGCACUUCUCCUGAGCCUGAAGACCUAGAACGCCACUGCCAGGAUGGCCUCUGUGCUCUGAUCAAGCGUCCAGAGGACUGGUUUGAAGUCUUCGCCUUCCACUUGGACAGAGUUCUGGGGCUGAACAGGAGUCUGCCAUCUGUGACACGGAAAUUCCACAGCGAACUUCUCCCAUACAAGUUUACAAGAGGUCUAGCCAGGCCCAUGGUCUGGUGGGACCCAGACAUUCAGCAUUUAUCUGAUGAUAAUAUUGACCAGAACUCCUUCCCGCUCACUUGGCUGCAGUAUCAAGCUGUGCUCAAGAAGAGGUGUGGUGUGAAAGAGUCUUCCCCGGAGUCUUCAGAACCAUGUGUGGGUGUCCGACACUCCGAGUGGGGCAAGCUUGCCUUCUUUGAUUUCCUGCUGCAGGUCAAUGAUCGUCUGGACCGCUACUGCUGUGGAUUCAAGCCUGACCCCUCCGAGUCCUGUGUAGAGGAAAUGCUCCACGAAAAGUGUAGAAACCCAAAAGGACAAGUACUGGUGCACAUUUUGGUUAGGAAGGAGGACCCCACACGACUGGUGUUCAUUGACAAUGCUGGCAGGCCUCAUCAUCCUGAAGACAACCUCAACUUCAGGCUGUUGGAAGGUAUUGAUGAGGUUCCUGAGACUGCCGUGUCUGUUCUCAAGUCAGGGUGCCUACAGAGCAUGCUUCUACGGUCCCUGUACACAGACAGGGAAUUCUGGGAGAACCAGGGCAGACUUCCAGGGUUGAAACAACUUAUUCACAACGUAGAGAGAAGAGGGAAGAUUCUGCUCCAGUACAUUCAGGGUAAAAAAUUAAAACUCCAGAGAGACAAUUAGAAAAAGUGUUAAAAAUGAAUUGAAAAUGAAGUGGGUGCAUUUAGUGGGUGGUAAUAGCAGGUAAUCAAGGUUGCAGGUUUUACUGUAUCAAGCAAAACAUGUCUUCAGUUUGGUUCAACAGAUUCAUUUUACACAAAACAAUCUGUCCAAAUAACAGUUUUGCAGGUUAUCACAUUUUCAUUUUGUAAAAUGCAUAAUUAAAAAUUGCUGACUGUUUUUUUAAUCAAAAACAAAAAUGUUAAUGGAUUAAAAGUCAGUGGAGUGCACCCAAAUGGCUUAUUGUGGUCUUGCCUCCAGUCCAGGGUGGACCCAAGAAUCAAAUGAAAAAGUGCAGGCACUCAUAUCUUACAGUUGUAUAGGACGUAUCAUAAUAGCAGUUGUUAGUGGUUCUCACUUAGUAUUUUCUACCAAUAGCAAACUAACAUUACAAUUUUGUACUUCUUCCACCAAAUAUAUAUUAAUAACUUGCUCAUAUCUCAUACGUGUUCAACUGCCCUAUUAACAUUUGAUGAUAUUUUUAAAUGUAAUGUAGCAUGACAACAUCCUUAUGACUGGUUCAUAGUUGGGAAGCAUAUCUUAAAUGGCAUGUAAAUUGUUAUUACUAUGUAAUGUUCAUUUCGCUAAAACCUUUUUGUUUUGUUAUAUUUGUAUCAAUUUGCAACAAAUAAAUAAUAACAUGGCAAAUCAUACGAUUGUGCAUCUUUAAGACAGUGUAUGUUUCCUCAUUGUGCAGAAUUGUACAUACUGGUAUCUUAUUCCCUAAUAUUAUCUUGUAUUGGAAGUAUUGAGUGUCUACACCACUUGGCUUCUCCAUGUGUUUAGCAUUCAUUCAAGCCUAGUCUCUUAGUGCAGAGCUGGUUAAAGGAAUGCAUAAGUUACAUAGGACAGCAGCCAAAGAUGCACAGUGGCACCACGCUUUAUUAAAAGCAGUUCUGAGCAUCCUAGAAAAUGUACUCUAUAGGUGUACUGCAACCCUGCUUGAUACAACCUUAGAGCAAAGAGUUAUUCCAUAGGUGAUUUAUAGGAGCUCCCUAAUAAAAGCUGAAUCUCAAAGCAGUAAUUGUAUAGUACAGUAAUUGUUACAGCUGUGUAUAAUGGUAUUUGAAACAGGAUUUAAUUACUCAUCUUUUUACAUAUCUGCCAUUAUUCUGGUCCCAUCGCAGUCAGAUAUGUGA